AACCCAACAAUCCCAUAGAAUCCACGAAUGACGGAGUACGAACCCAUAUAAUAUGAUAUACCCAACAAUAUGACACAACAUUCAUACGUGGCGCGCUUCUGUCUGCAUUCGCUGUCUCUUUCAUCCACCCGCGUCCCUCUACGCCCCGCCUCCUGAGCCAGUAGCGCCUUCUAGCGCCAGUACCGCGAACUAAACGCGAAGUCUAUACACCAUCGCCACACCGUACAUAAAAUUUCAUACGAAACAGUUCAAUGGACUUUUGGAAAAGUCGAAAACGUGUAAAGAAACGUGUUUAUCGUGUAAAUAUAUGAAAGUGCUGUUUGUUAUAUUCUUGUUUGUUGAAAUUAUGUGUUUUCGAAGUGUUUAUUAGUAUUUUCGUGUGUGAGUACUGUGACCAGUUUUAUUGGAGGAUAUCAUUCUCGUUUUAAGCAUAAAGGGUCGUGGGUCGUGGCACAGUUUUUGUAGUGGUGGAAGGUGGUGCGUGCAGUGCAGUGCGGUGUGUGUGUGUGUGUGUGCGUGUGUGUGCGCGCGGGCAUGGCUCGCAGCUAGCGGCGAGGCCCGGCAUGCGCGGCGCACGCUAGCCAUGCCGGCAGCGGUCCCAUGGCGCACUUCACACGGACCCAGCCGAUGCACAGGCCCGGUCAGACGGAGCACGGGCACGGCGGGCUGGCGUACGGCGCGGGCGCGGGCUCCAAGCAGAGUGCGGCCAAUGUCGCGGGCACUCGGCCCACCGCGCCCUACGCGCCCCACCCGCCCUACCCGCCGCACAGGCUGCACCAACCCGGCUAUGGCUCCUCGGCGCUCUACAGUUCCAGAGACACGUACUCGCGGAGCGGCGCCGAGUACCGGUCGGGCGCGCGCAUGUCGCUGCUGGGCUCAUACCUGCCGCCCCCCGCGCCCCCGCCUCACCCCGCGCAAGACCACCCGCCGCCCUUCAAGAAGAUCCGACUGUCCGCUGAGCGCCCGCCGCCGCUUCCGCACCAGACCCUCAGGGUCGAUACCAGGGAGCCGGUUAUGAACUCUUACAACACGGUGGAGGUUCUGUCGCCGAAUCCGCCAUCAGAGCCGACCAUCGAGGACCAGAACUUCCGCACCACCAAAGAUGACUUACUACAGCAGAUAUCUAAGGUGGAUAGAGAGAUGGCGCUGUCGGAGGCGACGUUAUCAAAGUUAAAAAAGAAACAGGAAGAGUUGGAACAGACCGCCUCGAAGCCUGCCGCCGCCCAGGAGCCAGAGGAAGCGCCUCCGAGACAUCGGAGUCUCGCGCAAUGUAUAUAUGCAGAUAAUAGGAAAAGGGCAGCGGCGGCGCACGCAGCUCUAUCACACCUGGGACCAGACGUUACCUACCCCCUGUACAACCAGCCCCAAGAUACGCUCAUCUACCACGAGAACAUCAGGAAACAUAAAUCAUUUAGGAAAACACUGUCUGAUCAUUUACGGACCAUUCGAGUGGAAGCUGAAAAGAAAGAAGAUGCGCUAACAGAGGAGUACAGCAGAAGGGCUUCAGAAUGGAUGAGAAGAGUGGAGAGGAUAGAACAGGGUCAGAAGAGAAAGGGGAAAGAUGUGAGGAAUAGGGAGUUCUUUGAAAAAGUAUUCCCUGAGCUUCGCAAGCAGCGCGAAGAACGGGAACGAUUCAAUCGUCUGGGCGCGAGGGUAAAGUCUGAAGCGGAGCUGGAGGAGAUAGCUGACGGUCUACACGAGCAGGAGCACGAGGAUAAGAAGAUGAGGUCGCUCACGGUCGUGCCUCCCUUACUCAGGGAUCCCAAGGAGUCUCGGCCGCUACACCUUGAUGUUAAUAAGCUUUGUAUAGACAUGGAGGUGGAACACAAGGGACUGCUGCUGCGCAACUGCUGGAGCCAGGGCGAGAGGGAGUUGUUCCGGGAGAAGUAUCUCCAGCACCCCAAGAACUUCGGCCAGAUCGCCUCCUUCCUGCCCAGGAAGAGUGUGCGGGAUUGUGUUAGAUUCUACUACCUGUCGAAGAAGGCUGAGAACUACAAGCAGUUGCUGAGGAAGCCCCGGCCGCGGCGCCACGCGCGGCCCCGGCCCGCGCCCGAGCCCGAGCUGGCUGCUCUCACCACCGGCGUCACCACGCGGCUGCAGCGCUCGCAGGGGUCAGCACGGGUGGACAAGGAGACUCCAAUGGAGGAGGUGGUCGUGGCGGAUCUCAACGGUAUACCCAUGCCGUCAGCCGCGCCCGCACAUCCAUCCAGAUUGGAGCUCGACAGAACAUCUCCGCUUCCCCCUUCGCCCCCGCCCGCUUCAUCAGCGCCACCAGCGCCUGUGGCGACGGGCGGCGCCCUCAUCACCGGCGGGCCGGCCGGUGUUACGUGUAUACAGAGUGGGUUCUCUAGUGGCCAGACUAACUUCGCGAGUGGACAGACUAGUGUUACUUGUGGUCAGAUCAGUAUAACUAGUGUCGAGAGUGUCGCCGGCGCUCCGGGCGGCCACGCGGCCAGCGCCGCCGGCAGCCCGGCGCCCAUCGCCAGCUCCGCGUCCAGUGUGUGCAGCACCGGCAGCGGCUCCGUGCUCAGCAGCCUGGUGACGGACGCCAACAGUCUGAGCGGCAUCAGCCUGCCGCUCGGGAGUCCGGUCCCGGCCGCGGAGACGCCGCCCGCGGAGACGCCGCCCGCGCUGGAGGCGUCGCCGGCGCCUGUCAGGCCCUUGAUUGUCCGACGACCUAGAGAACGACAACAACAGCAACAACACCAGCAACAGCAGCAACAACAACACCAGCAGCAUCAACAACAACAGCAUCAACAACAGCAACAACAACAUCAACAGCAGCAGCAGCAACAACAUCAACAGCAGCAGCAGCAGCAGCAACAACAACAACACCAGCAUAAUAGGGAAAGAGAGCGUAUGGUGGUGGGGCGGUCGCGGUACGUGGUGGAGGAGCGACUGGGCAUGCACCCCCAGAUCGUGCACGACCAUCACAUGCCGCUGCAACAGCAGGUGGUGUCGAGCGGCGAGGAACGUCGGAUAUCCAACAGUUCGUCGUACACGGCCACCAAGGCCCGCGCCACUCUGAGCCACGCGCCGCCCACCCACAACGUGCACUCUCACCCACACACGCACCAACACGCACACCCACACCCACAUCAACAUCCGCACGCGCCGCAUCCCUCCAUACCUGUCGAGAGGAAGGAUACGCGGCCGUCGGUGAGCGUGGCAGUUAGCGUGAGCAGUUCCGCUCCGAGCGGCGCGAGCGCGGGCGACAGGGCACGCGCCGGGGACGGCACGCUCACGGCCGCCUCGCUCAUCAACGCCAUCAUCACCCAUCAGAUCAGCCAGACCUCCGACCAGCGAUACCCGAAGAUUCUUCGCGAGAACGAGACGGCGCCGCAGCCAGUGGACCGCGGGCCGUCUUGCACCGACCGUGGGCCGCCAUGCACUGACCGCGAUCGCGACCGUGUGAGUGACCGCGGCCGUGAGGACCCCGUCACGAGCAUCAAACUCGGGGACCUCGCUUCAAACAUCAUAGUCCGGGACUUCAGCAGUCCAAACACCACCUCGCUGUUACAUCAUAACAACAGAUACUCUGUUUCGAGCGCGGAGUCGUACCAGACGUGCAGCGUGUCAGGCAGCGGGGUCGCGGCGGCCGCGGGCGGCGGAGCGGACGACGAGUGGCGCCGUGACCGUGACAAGCACGCCUCCUACUUCGAGCCCGUGUCACCCACCGACACGCAGCCCACCAGUCGGAGUAGCGACAGCCGGCAGUACGGCGCGGGCUCGGUGUCGGGCGUGUCCGGUGUUCGCUGCGGCGUGCUCACGGCCUACGACUACGUGACGGCGCGGAUCGUGGACGUCAUGAGGAAGAACGACGCCGACGCCAAGCUGCCCUUCACCACGCCCUACACCUACCCCUACUCCGCGCUCAACGUGGCCACGCCCACCGACCCGAGCGGCGGCACGUCGAGCGCGGUGGUGAGCAGCGCGGGGGCGGCGGGGGCGGCGGGGGCGGCGGGGGCGGCGGGGGCGGCGGGGGCGGCCGGCCCGCCCGAGCCCGCGCCGCUCAUGUCGGCGCAGUACGAGCCGCUGUCGGACGAGGACUGACGCCGCCCGCCCCGCCCCGCGCCGGCCCCCGCGCGCCGGCGUCAUCCGGCACACGUGACGUGAGUGUCGCGCUCAAUGACUUAACGGACAAUAUCAAAUAUUGCAGUAUUGUUUUGCAAGCAACGAAUUUAAAUAUCAAUAAAUAUAUAGUAAACAGUUGUAUAGUAAAAAUAUGUAUGUUAUAUUUUUUUUUAUUUAUUAAUUGGCUAGUGUUAGUACGCCGUUCUCGCAAGAUUGCGAUAACUUUACACUACCGAUUCGGUUCUGUAUGCGCAGUAGAGAUCCGAGUAUGAAAUGUUUCGCCCUGUGCGACCGCCGUAGUAUGCGACCCGGAUACGCUUGAGUUUUGUGAUAAAGUUGUAUAUAUCGCUGUUUGAUUUCAUGAAUGUAAGUUAUGUGGUGUUAUGGCUUCCGGUUGGCGGGUGCGGAACCGACUUAACAAUCGAGCUAUUUUUUCAUAAUAAAUAAGGACAGAGAAAUAUUUAUAUUAAUUAUGUGGGUAGCUGGAUAUAUUUUUCUGUCUUAAAAACGAAUUUUUAUAUUAACAUUGUGCCGCACCUGAUGUUUACGAAGACGACACUGGAUGGAGCUCAGUGUAUCGGCUAGUGUCAAAUGGCAACAUUAAAUAUAACCAGUCUUCCAUCGCAUUGCCGUAAUGUAGACGUUCGUCCAUACUUACUAAGUGCUUGUACAUUAUACAUAGUAGAUUCCUCGAUCACGCGCGGAUCGCCAAACUGCGAUUAAUGUUAAUCCAAUCCGCAACCGCGAUUGUAUAACAUAAUCGAGGUUAAAGCAAACAACUAAAUUAGUAUAAAUUUAAUUAAUAUUGGUAACUGUAAAUUUAAUUAGUAAGACAAAUGUAAAUGAAUGAAUCGUCGUCCGGCCCGGGUUUCGCCAUCGCCUUCACUCGACUUAGUAUACGCGUAGCAUUUUCAUUUCACUAUUAUUGUAAAUAGCGCAUUAUUUUACUUGUACAGCGGCGCCACCCGGGACGGACCGUGCACUAAUCGUUAUAAAUAGUGUAUACUACGUAAUCGCUAAAUUAUAUACAUAUUGUAAAAGUGUAUGGUUAUUAUGUAUACAUCUUGUGCAUUUGUAAUUAUACAGGAUAGUUGUAAGUAUAAUAGAGAUUUUUUCAGUUCUAGUAAGGCUGCGGCCGACGGCCCGCCUCCGGCCCCGCCCCCGGCCACGCCCUCGGCCACGCCCUCCACAGUCGAAGGCGACUCAUUAUUGUUAUCGUAAUAGGCCAGCUUGACCUUGCAUCAGCACAUCACUGCCAUAAUUGUUUAUUUUUCAAGCGCGCGUUUUAGCUGGGCGAGGGCAGGCGGGGGCGUGGUCGAGGGCUCCUAGGGCGGUGCGCGGGCGGUCACUAUACAUUGUGAUUUCUUAUAACUAAUGUAAGUAGACGAAGGAAGUUGAUCAGUGUAUGUCCAAUCAGGCGGAGAUACUCGGAAUGGACAAAAUCAAUAAAUAAGAUUCAGAAUA